AACCACAAAGUAGCAGUGUUUCUAAGCAACCAGUAAAAUGAGGGCUUAACCGAGGAUUUAUAAACACUGCGAUUUAUUGGGUAGGAGAAGGUUGAUCAUCCUUAAAACCAGUGGAGGAAGAACUGCAUCUCUUCAAACUGCACUACUUACUAACUUGUCAGGAGUCAGAAAAGAAGAGAAGUCUGUGUUUAUGAAGGGGAUGCUGCCGCUGGAGACACUCACCGCCGGCCGCGAGGUGGUCAACACUGAAGUCACUGCCCUUCUGCUUCUACUCUUGCUACUGCUGCUCUUCACUGCCUGGAGCCGAACAAACCGGUCACAUAUACCAGGUCCUUCCUUCUUGGCAGGACUCGGUCCUAUCCUCUCCUACAGCAGAUUCAUCUGGACUGGGAUAGGAACAGCGAGCAACUACUACAACAACAAAUAUGGCAGCAUUGUCCGGGUCUGGAUUAAUGGCGAGGAGACCCUCAUUUUGAGCAGGUCUUCAGCAGUGUAUCAUGUUCUGAGGAGCGCCCACUACACAGCCAGAUUCGGGAGCAAAAAAGGGCUGGAGUGUAUUGGGAUGGAAGGGAGGGGUAUCAUUUUCAACAGUGAUGUCCUGCUCUGGAGAAAAGCGAGGACAUAUUUUUCUAAAGCUCUGACAGGCCCUGGCCUCCAGAGGACAGUGGGAAUCUGUGAGAGCUCCACAGCCAAACACCUGGACUGCCUGCAGGAGAUGGCCGACCCCUCCAGACAUGUGGACGUUCUCAAUCUGCUGAGAGCCAUAGUGGUGGACAUCUCCAACAGGCUUUUCCUCAGGGUGCCACUCAACGAAAAGGACUUGCUGAUGAAAAUCCAAAACUACUUUGAGACCUGGCAAACAGUUUUGAUAAAGCCUGAGAUGUUCUUCAAGAUCGGAUGGCUGUACAACAAGCACAAAAGAGCAGCCCAAGAGCUGCAGGAUGAGAUGGAGAGCCUUCUUGAAAUGAAAAGAAAGAUUAUAAAUGAGGCUGAGAAGUUGGAUGAUGAUCUUGACUUUGCAACAGAGCUCAUCUUUGCUCAGAACGUCGGGGAGCUUUCAGCAGAUAACGUCAGGCAGUGCGUGCUGGAGAUGGUGAUUGCAGCACCUGACACACUUUCCAUCAGCCUCUUCUUCAUGCUGAUGCUGCUGAAACAAAACCCAGAUGUGGAGCUGAGGAUAUUGGAGGAGAUGAACACUGUCUUGAGUGAAAAAGGUGAAAACAUUGAUUAUCAGAGCUUGAAAGUGAUGGAGAGUUUCAUCAAUGAGUCUUUGAGGUUUCAUCCUGUGGUUGAUUUCACAAUGCGAAAAGCUCUGGAAGAUGACAACAUUGAAGGCACUAAAAUUACAAAAGGAACCAACAUCAUUCUCAACAUUGGUCUUAUGCAUAAGACUGAAUUCUUUCCAAAACCCAAAGAGUUUAGCCUGAUGAACUUUGACCAAACAGUGCCCAGUCGUUUCUUCCAGCCCUUCGGCUGCGGGCCUCGUUCCUGCGUGGGCAAACACAUCUCCAUGGUGAUGAUGAAGGCCAUCCUGGUCACUCUGUUGUCUCGUUACACCGUGUGUCCUCGCCGAGGCUGCACCCUCAACAGCAUCAGGCAGACCAACAACCUGUCGCAGCAGCCUAUGGAGGACGAGCACAGCCUGGCCAUGCGCUUCAUCCCUCGAACAACAUGAACUCAACA